CAAAUCCGACACCAAAAAAUCACCGAUAAAUGCGUCUGCCCACCGUUCCUGGCGGCGCAACCGGGCCUCACCCCCUGCCGGAGCAGCUCCGGGGCGAUGAAAUCAGUCGAGAAGGAGACGAGAGCAAAAACAUCGCGCCCGACUUAUUUUUUGAGCUAACAGGCGGCUGAAUCCCUACGGCCGCGCUUGUCCCUUGGUCCCUUGUUAUUUUUUCUUUUUUUUUAAUGAGUUGUAACAAGAAGCCGGCGGGGGUUCAAGCUUUCAAACGCCUGAUUCCGAUGGCUGAAGGCGGUGGGCAGCGGGUUUCCCCACUUUCGGUUCCCUUCAUCCCGACGGCCGCUGCCGGUACAAGGAAGAAACCAUCGUCCACCCCACCCUGGGCGGUGUUAAGGCCCAGCUUCUUUAUCAGUGCCCAUUAACCUGACGUUAAAAUGAACUCCUGCCUUUAGUUCUUAAAAUCUCUCCUGGCUCGAGGGACGGGAGGUGACCGGAGCCCAUUCCCCUCCUUCCUUUCCCCACCGCCUCGCUGGAGUGACCCCGUGGAAGGUGGGGAGGGGGGAAUUUUGAACCCUCGGAUAUCCCCAGACCUGGUUACAGACGGGCAGAGUCCACCUACGCUUGAAUUUUCUUGGAGUAGCGUGAGCUACGUCCUCCCCUCGCCCACCGGCAGGACAUGGCGUUAAUACACAGAUUUUUCUAGCGUCACCCCCAGCUUCGCUUUAAAUAAGGAACUUGCGUGACCCGCUUCGUUAUCUCAGCCGCCAUGCUCCGUCAGAGCUGUUUAUUUAGUUUUUAAUUUACAUGGUGAUGAUAGUUGGGAAAGUGAAAUCCAUGACCAAGCCGGCUGCCGCUGUAUAAUGGAAGUUUGUUUUCUAGAGCCUAAUUAGAAGCACCCCACUGUCCUCCCGUUUGUGGCGUGAGCUGCAUUUUUAAACCUCAUUGGAAAACACUGGGCGGGAUCGGAGCAGGGAUCAUGAUACCAGAUUAUUGCAUGAACCCGCAGACGGUCCUGCUGCUCCGGGUCAUCGCUGCCUUCUGCUUCCUGGGAAUCAUCUGCAGCCUCUCAGCUUUCCUCCUGGAUGUCUUCGGCCCCAAGCACCCAGCGUUGAAGAUCACUCGCCGCUACGCUUUCGCUCACAUCCUCACAGUGUCUCUCCCGGUCUCUCCCUCAGUCCUGCAGUGUGCCACUGUCAUCGGAUUCUGCUAUUGGGCCUCGGAGUUUAUCCUCCCCCAACAACAGCAGCACAAAAAAUACCACGGUUCCCAAGUCUACGUCACCUUCGCCGUCAGCUUCUACCUAGUGGCGGGCGCCGGGGGAGCCUCCAUCCUCGCCACCGCCGCCAACCUGCUGCGUCACUACCCCACUGAGGAAGAGGAGCAAGCCCUGGAGCUCCUGUCUGAGAUGGAGGAGAACGAACCUUACCCAGCCGAGUACGAAGUGAUCAACCAGUUCCAGCCGCCGCCGGCGUACACCCCCUGAUGUCACCGGCACCGCAACGCGGUCAUGGCUUUCUCCCACCCCCAAACUUCACUUUCUCAGCAGCUCCUUCGCUCUUCUCAUCUCACCCGUGCAGAGGAAAGAACUUUGCGGGUCAGAUGACCGGCGUUUUCUUCCUAGCCCUUAUUUUAUUAACUCCACUACGUGAUUUUUAACCCCGCACCGGCUCAGCUGGCCGAA